AUGGCCAACGAGCGCUUCCCGAUACCCGCGACGAACCGCCUCGCAACCCUGCCCAUCGAGGCGCUCAACCAGAUCUUUGCCCAUGCCCUCGCCGAAGCCGUCACCGCGAACGACUCGCUCCCUUCGAAGGGCGCGAUCACGAGGUUCCACUCGAAGCAGCCGCCUCCGCUCGAGAUUGGCGCAUACUUGUCGAGAUUGACAAAGUACACGCCGUUCCCGCGAGACGCUGUUCUGCUGGGCAUCGUCUAUCUCAACCGCAUCACCCAUCUACCCUACACCGCCGAACCCGGCAUCCACCCGACCCCGCUCCUCUCCGUCGUCCCGCCGCGGCUCCCUCCCCGUCCCCCUCGGCAAAGUCGACCCGCCGUGUCACCCUCGAGCCCGCCAGACCGUACACGACUCGCCCCUACGUCUCCAAUCGAAGCGCCGUCUCCCCUUCCGCCUUCACCGACCAUCUCGUCCGUCGACAGACCGCGCGUCUCGCCCUUCCUCAACUCGUACACCCUCCAUCGUCUCGUCCUCGCCACCCUCCUCAUUGCGAGCAAGUUCACCGUCGAUGGAGCGCUAUCGCAAACAAGGGCAGCGAAGGUUGGAGGAGUUGGAGCGAACGAGUUGUGCAAGUUGGAGGGUGAGGGAUUGCGGUUGCUUGGCUGGAGCUUGAUGUGGAGUUUGGAAGAGAUUGAGGGCGCGAGCGCAGAGAUGGAGCGAGUAGGCGAAGAGAUGGGCGUACUGGAGAAGCUGUCGGAGCAGAGACGGGACGAAGAACAGCUGCGGACGCCUGUUGCGCCUACGCCUAUACCCUCUGCGCGGCACACGGGCUUUGGCGCACCUACUCGGCCUGUGAGCCUAGCGGACGUCGCCUCUCCACCUCGACCGACAAUCGUCCUCUCGCCGACCUCGUCCAGCUCUUCAUCCUCCGUCCCAUCCUCCGAAGCCUCGACCUCCGAGCCCUCUUCGUCAACUUCAUCCCCACAUCUCUUUCUGACCACCCACGACCCCUCUAUCCGCCGACACCAGCGCCCUCCCACCGACCGCGGAUUCUUCGAAGCCCCCCGAGACGGCGAUGAAGACCCCACGCCACCUAGCUCGCCGAGCGUCAGCAGCAUCGAGGGACACGGUGUCGUUGCGCCUGUCUCGCCGACCAGCAGCAUUGGCGACGAUAAGCCUCUCAGCUCGAAGAGCUCGUCGGAGACGGUCAGGCGGUUCGAUGGGCUUUCGUUGACGGCGGAUUGA